UACAGCUGUGAAAACACUGAGAAACAUCUUAUUCUUGUUGACUGUGUCAAACAAACCCAUUUCUCUUUUCACAACUUUUUCUUUUCCUUCGUUUCUCUGGUUUAUCUAAGAGAAAACUCCUAUCUUACAAAAUUUAACACGAAAGCAGUAUUGCGUUGCAAGAGACCAAAGUGACCCAGUCCAUGGUGAUGUUACCACCCACUAUAGAAGGUUGUUUAAGUACCACUGCGUGCUGCACCUGUAAGCGUUUGACGGAGAGCCAAAAGUCUGAGCCAUUGUACGAGGAAGAUGACGAGGAAGAAAUCUUGGGUUCAGAUGAUGAUGAGCAGGAAGACCCAAAAGACUACACCAAAGGUGGUUAUCACCCGGUGAAGAUAGGAGAUCUACUGAACAGUCGCUACCAUGUAGUGAGGAAGCUUGGUUGGGGCCACUUCUCCACAGUUUGGUUAUGCUGGGACAUGGCAGACAAAAGAUUUGUAGCUCUAAAAGUUGUGAAAAGUGCUCAACAUUACACUGAAACUGCGAUGGAUGAAAUCAGACUUUUGCGCUGCGUAAGAGAAAGUGAUGAAACAGAUCCCCACAGGGAAAAAACAGUUCAGCUUUUGGAUGAUUUUAAAUUAUCAGGUGUCAAUGGCACACAUGUUUGUAUGGUUUUUGAAGUUUUAGGUCACAAUCUUCUCAAGUUCAUAAUUAGGUCCAAUUAUCAAGGUAUUCCCAUGAAGACAGUCAAAAGUAUAAUUCGACAGGUGUUAGAAGCCUUAGACUAUUUACAUACCAAAUGCAAGAUCAUUCACACAGAUAUUAAGCCAGAAAAUAUCUUGGUAUGUGUGGAUGAAGCCCACGUGAGAAAGAUGGCAGCAGAUGCUGUGGAGUGGCAGAAAAUGGGGGUCAAGCUUCCUGGUUCAGCAGUGAGCACGGCACCAAAGGAGAAAGGGUUAGAUCCGAGUAAAAUGUCCAAAAAUAAGAAGAAAAAGUUAAAGAAGAAAAUAAAACGCCAGCAACAACUAUUAGAGAUGCAACUUCAACAAAUGCAGGAGGUAGGACCACAAGAGAACAAUGGGGUACCGAACAGCGAGAGCACGGAGAGCAUAGAGCCAGCUGAUGGUAGUCCAACACUUGAGUCCCCAGUGGAAUCCACUGAUCCCACGACACACCCCACCCCAGCUCCCGCCACCCUCCCCACCCCGAUUACCACCCCAGUUACCAGCCCAUCCACAACACCUGCGGAACCCACUGCACCCGAUGCAGGGGAUGCUCCAUCAAACAACGGACCAGUUGAAGAUUCAGAUGUACCAACGAAAAAAGAAGAAACACGAGAUGAAACUCCAGAGCCUACCAAGGAUUCGUCUAACGAAUCCAUGGAUAUGAACAGCAUGGGUGAUUGCCAGGAACAGAAAGCCUCUUCAGAGAAUGAUCUAGAUAACCCACCAUCAGAGAACAAAUCUCAAGAGUGUGAGGAGCCCUUAAAGCAAAACAUCCAGUCAGAAAACACUCAGUCUGAAAACGACACAACGGAAAACUUGCUGACAGAUUCCUGUAAGAAGGAGGAGGAGACGCCAGUCCCUGAAAACUUAUGUAAUGGUCACAUCAUUUCCAAAGAUCAAGAUCUGAACAAAAAUCAGUGUGACACAGAAAAUAUGAACGUUAACAAUACAGAGAAUGAGAUGGAGCACAGCACCUCAGAAGGAAAUGGGGAAAUAUCAGAAGCCAUGCAGAUACAAGACAGCUCUGAGAGAACAUCAUUGUCUGAUUCGUCUUCAUCCAAGGAGCCUAGCAGGGAUGAUGAGUUUCGUGUAAAGAUUGCUGACCUGGGCAAUGCUUGUUGGACAUAUCAUCACUUCACAGAGGAUAUCCAGACGAGACAGUACAGGUGUUUGGAGGUUCUCAUUGGUGCAGGUUAUGGGCCCCCAGCAGAUAUUUGGAGCACAGCCUGUAUGACUUUUGAACUAGCAACAGGGGACUAUUUGUUUGAGCCACACUCUGGGGAGGAAUACACGCGUGAUGAGGACCAUCUUGCCCAUAUAAUUGAGCUUUUAGGGCCCAUUCCUCGCGGAAUUGCCUUCAGUGGAAAGUAUUCGAGGGAGUUCUUUAACAGAAGAGGAGAGCUGAGGAAUAUAACUAAGCUGAAGCCGUGGGGGAUUACAGAUGUCCUUAUAGAGAAGUACGAUUGGGACCCAAAGGAUGCUCAGGACCUGUCUGAUUUUCUCUUGCCCAUGCUUCAUUUUGACCCUGAGAAGAGAGCAACAGCUGCCGAGUGUCUCAAACACCCAUGGCUCUAUUCAUGACUGUCCAUGGGCGACCACACCACAACGGCGACCUCAUGACCCCGUCUCCAUAGGCACCUCCUGAUAUUGGGCGUCACUCCUCUAGAGUCGUCUAUGGUGUACAGGCUUCUAUUACUAGGCUCCAGAAUCUUCCCCCAGAUCUGUGCGAAGACCAAUCCCAUCCAUCUUGUUGACAAACUCAAGACCACUCUCAGUUUGAAGCCAGUGGAGCCAUUCAUGAUUUGAAAGAGACAAAUUUCAUCAGGCCAACAUUUUUGACACAUAAGAUCUGACUGAAAUGUGACUGUACACUGUCAUGAUUCAAGAGGUGAAAUUGCUUGUCUAUGUUCAUGCAGAUCUGGAACAUAUUUCCAUUGUUGUUGUUGCUGCUUCUGGUUUACUUUGUCUUACCACAACACAGCAUUGUUGACUGUGUAACAUGGGUAAGUGCAAAUUGGUCUGCUUGGCAUCAGUAAUUCUAAGAAAUAUUUGUCAUAGGAGAAACUGAUUUGCAAAAGGAAAUAUAUUCUUUUCUUUCUCUUCUGAUGAAGACUUGGCCAAAUGUAAAUAUAUGAUCAAGACACACAGUUGUUAAAUUAACAUAUUUAACUGACGUUAGAAAUAUCGAAGUCUUGCAUGCAACUGUCAAAUUCUCAUGUAAUUUAUUACUUUGCUAAUGGGAUGAAUAAUAAUUGUAAAUAUAAUUGGUGGUAAGGCUGGGCAGACUAUUGCAUUCCUAGUUUUCCUCUUUGUGUCACAUGCUCAUAACUCCAUAGGCCAUUGUCUGUCCACAUCAGCGCUUUCUACUUUUCACGCAUUUGUUUUCAUUUUGAUCUCUGUUAUACAGAGUUGUUUACAAAAGUUUAAUGAUUUCAUUGUAGCAUUGUUGUUGCUAGUCCCUACAUUCAUUUUGAUAAAAGCAUGAGUUGCUUCUAUCUAACAUCUUCUAAAGCCUGUGGAAUACACAGUUUACUGUUAACUGUUAAAUAUUAUUAGUCUCUCACAAACUCCAGAAGAGAAUAUUUAACCAGUACCCAGAAAUUUAAUGGCAAUUCAGUCUUCAUCAACAUCUGAUACAAGACACUGACCAGGAAGCAGUUGUAGAGUAGCUGUAGACUGAUAUCUUCAUGUACAUUAACUCACUACAGAACAUAAUUGUUCCUUUUGUUUUUUUGGUUUUUUUUUUGGUUUUUUUUUCCUUCUUUUCUUUUGGUUGAGCGACCAAAAGUUGAGCUUUUGGUCGUAGGCUUGUCAAUGGUGACCAUAUUGCAUUUAGUUAGCCUCAGACACAGUUAUCUCCCAUGGGUGUAGCAACACAAAACAGGCAAUCCAAAAAAAAUUGUUUACAGAAGAAAAAUUUUAUGUAAGAGAUAUAUUAACAACUCUUUAAACUGAUCUGACUUAUUGUCCUAUUCGAUGUAAUAUACUUGAUUGGUCUUCAUUUGUUUGCCAAAAAAGGCAGUCAGUUUUGUGAAAUCUGCACAAAUGAAAUGAGAUGGACUUCACUGGUUUCUUACAGGUAAUUAACAUGAAGGUUUCUGCCUUAGAAGUUUGUUGAUCUGAGCUAUCACACUACAUAUACAUGUACAAGUCUCUUUACUGAAACUAGGUAUGACCAGCUAUUUCAUAUUGUCAGUCUGAACAGAAAUAUGUGUGUAUAAGCAUAGGCGCGGUAGUUCCUCACCCCUAACCCUCUGUUCAUUUUACUCCUGUUGACAGGGCUGCCAAGCCUGUAGAUCUGUUGGUCAGAGGAAAGCCUCACAAUUCAACAUUAUAUCUUCAUAUUUUAACAUAGUUGCAAUAUGUUUUAAAUUGUACAGAUAAACCAGCAGCUGCUUUGGUACACAUACAAAUAUAUCUAUAGAAAUUUAGUGAAAUGUCAUAGCCUCCUUGUACAAUGUACAACCAUUUUUCAUCAAUUUAUAUCAUUCUGUAUCUGCAGUUUGUGAUAUAUUUAUCGUUGAGAGCUCCGUAAGUAGAAGGAACCUGGCUUAUCAAAGUAUAACGUGCCAAAUGAUCUUUAAUUUAUUUAAACUGGGUGUAUGGGGCCCUACCUUUACUCUCUGCAACUUUUGUGUCAAGUUACCGACAAAAUGCAGUUGAAUUACUGCCUUCUCAAUGUCAGCAUUUGUGCAGUAUCUUUGAUGGAUCUUUGAAGGCUAAAAGUGAAAGAAGAGGUAUAUAUAAACAUAUAUAUAUAUUUUUUUUUUUGUGAGAAAUAUGUGAUAAACUGUUUUCCGUGCCAGCGCCAGUUUGUUAGGACUCGGAAGAGGUUGUUGAUAAUUACAUUCACUCUGUAUGUGACACGUGGAAAAUAUGCAGGAGUGACUGUUAAAAUGCUACUGAUGGUGCAUGAGGACAAGCUGUGUAGAAGCACUUCUGUCUCAAGACUUUCACUCGGCAACAUUUCUCUUGUAUAUACAUACUGUUUCGUUACAAUUUUUCGAAUAGAAUGAGUUGAAAUUGUGUAGUUUGAAUAACAUAUGGGUUGCAUUUGUCAUCAUGGCAUUGUUCAAGCUAUUCUGGAUUUUGAUUUGCUGUAAGACAGUCCAGUAGCUGUUCUGUUUUUACAGUUAAUGUGUUUCAUAAACUUUGCACAAGUACCUUUAUGUAACACAGAAUUGUGGCCAUUUUGUCCAGAUAAAUUUGUGUAUGUUUGUGGGUCUGGAGGUCACACAAAGCUCCCAAGUUACCAUGGUAACUGGCCUUUCCUGUACGCCAGUAGAUGCUUUUUUUUUGUACAAACAUCUUCAUGUACAGUGAUACAUUUGUAAUAAACCAAAUUUGGUUGAACCUCAA